CGGCGUUUCGCGCCAAGCUGGGUUCGGGCCCCGGGUGUGGGCGGCCGCGAGCUGAGCUGUUGGCCGCCGCCGCCAUGGUUCGUCCGCUCAACUGCAUCGUCGCUGUGUCCCAGAACAUGGGCAUCGGCAAGAACGGGGACCUGCCGUGGCCCCCGCUCAGGAAUGAAUUCAGGUAUUUCCAGAGGAUGACCACAACGUCGUCAGUGGCAGGUAAACAGAACCUGGUGAUUAUGGGGAGGAAGACCUGGUUCUCCAUUCCAGAGAAGAACCGGCCUCUAAAGGACAGGAUCAACAUAGUUCUCAGCAGAGAACUCAAGGAACCGCCACAAGGAGCGCAUUUCCUUGCUAAGAGUCUGGCUGAUGCCUUAAAACUUAUUGAGGAACCAGAACUGGCAGAUAAAGUGGACAUGGUUUGGAUAGUGGGGGGCAGCUCUGUGUAUAAGGAAGCCAUGAAUCAGCCAGGCCAUCUCAGACUGUUUGUGACAAGGAUCAUGCAGGAAUUUGAAAGUGACACGUUUUUUCCAGAAAUUGAUUUGGAGAAAUACAGACUGCUCCCAGAGUACCCAGGCGUCCUUUCCGAUGUCCAGGAGGAGAAAGGCAUCAAGUACAAAUUUGAAGUUUAUGAAAAGAACGAUUAAUACGAAGGCGUUUCCUGGCUCAUCUCCAGUCCUACCCCUCCUCUGGAAAGUUACGGAUUUGGACGUCAGAAAACAGACUGUUAUUGUUGACUUUAGGCCCGGGGAGCAUUACUUCUAAAUCGUGUGUCUUCAUCCCCCACUUGGGGACUGGGCCAUUCCUUGCCCUGCCUGCCUCAGUGCCUCCCCCCCCCCCCCCCCCAGCACCUCCUAGGGCCAGCGACUGCAAGACAGCCCAGAGCGAGUCUCCCGGGAGCCUAGCUGACACCAGGGAUCCCAGACGUGGCACCCAGACAGAUUGGUCCAGUGGGCAGAAACUACAGCUGAGAUUUUACCAGAAAAGCAGAUCAGAAUAGGAGCUGUGAUUACUCUGUGCUCCUUGUCCGUCGGAGCAGAGUUCUACUCACUCAGAGAGCGAGUCAAUAACAGAACCCCGCGGGUCCUGUGCCGUGGCAAGGGAGCCACCUCGCCUUUUUGCUGGGUAAGAGAAGGAAAGGGCUGAGGCCUUCAGGGUGGCUGUUUCUGAUCUUUGGGGAGACCCAGGGAUAGAACCAGAACAGGCUGCUCUCUCCAAGAAAGACGAACCCAGUAACAAGCCUAGGAGCCAACAUUAAGAAUGCAGUGAGAAUGGCUGUUCCAGAAACAAAAACUAGUAAGUUAGGAACCACACUUCCCGAACCUGAAAAGUGGAAAUUAAAACGUUUUACCUAUCACAUUAGCAAAACUGUAGGUUAUUAGAUAGGUAAAGAAAUCUUGUUUUCUGUGGCCAGUGGUCAGUGCAGUGGGGGAAGCCACUACUUGGCAUUCCGGAUCCGAGUGCCAGCUCAACUCCUGGCUGCUCCACUUCCAAUCCAGCUCCCUGCCGAUGUGCCUGGGAAGGCAGCAGAGGACGGCCCAAGGCUUGAGACCCUGCCACCCACGUGGGAGACCCGGAUGGAGUUCCCGGAUCUUGGCUUCAGCCAUGUGAGGCGUGAACCAGUACAUGGGACAUCUCUUGCUCUCUCUGUCUGCCUCUCCCUCUGUCUCUGUUGUGCUACCUUUCCAAUAAAUACAUUUAUAAUUUUUAAAAGAAAUCCCAUUUUGUGCCUUGAAAAUUGAUACAACCUUUAGAGUAUAAGAAAGCCAUGUCAGUGUGAUUCAGAACACUCUGGGCUCACUUCUAGAAGUGAAUCCUGAACAGAGGAAGGCUCUAAGAAUAUUCAUUACAGUACUUUCUUUAACUUGGAAAUACCCAAAUGUCAAUCAAUAAAGACGUGACUAUAAAUAAAAACAUGUCUAUAGAAUGUAAUAUUCUGCAAGUUAGAAGAAUGAGGCACUAACAGAAAUGCCAAAGGCUGCUAAACAAAUUACAUAUAACAGCCCAAACUUCUAAAUAAUGUGUGUAGGCAAAAAGUAAGCCACAGACUGUUAACAGUUCAGAGUUGCCAGGUUUAUUUGUUGUAUUAGGUAAGUGUUCGUGAUUGGCUUUCUUUGAACCGUUAUGUGUUAAUUUUUAUGAAAAACUAAGAUGAUACACUGAGCCCUUAGGUUCAGCAGUAAAGGAUGUAGGGCCAGUGCUGUGGCUUAGUGGGUAAAGCCACCACAUGCAGUGCUGGCAUCCCUUAUGGGUGUCGGUUCGAGACCCGGCUACUCCACUUCCCAUCCAGCUCUCUGCCAUGGCCUGGGAAAGCAGUGGAAGAUGGCCCAAGUCCUUAGGCCCCUGCACCUGUGUGGGAGACUGGGAAGAAGCUCCUGGCUCCUGGCUUCGGAUUGGCCCAACUCUAGCCAUUGCGGCCAUCUGAGGAGUGAACCAGCGGAUGGAAGACCUCUCUCUCUCUCUCUCUAUGCCUCUGCAACUGUGCCU